AUGCCAGUAAAGUUAGCUCCGACGAUUCAUGGAUCAAUAUCGACUAGUGGGGGGAAUUCCAGCGUAGCGAACGAUUGGUUCCGUGCACAGACGGCGCAGGUGAGGUCGUGGCAGUUGGAGCGGAUGUCAAACGGUGGAGGACUGGAGGGCCAUGGCACUGUCACUGAAUCUCAAGACAGUCUAUUGUACCUGUCCCUGAUCACCUGUCCCAUGAAGAGGCUUCGACGCUACUGCAGGUGUGCGGUGCUGACGGCGUACAACGGGCUUGUGAGAUCCAGGUCCCCGAAAGGCGAAGACUAUGUUCUUGCUCUUGGAACAGAUGAUGUGCCCACUUUCGCUGUUGGGAUAGCUCUUGCGUCAGGUGCGAAUGUAAUCGCGACAUCCUCGUCAGAUGAGAAGUUAGGGGUAAAAAUCAAGGCUUCCUGCUUCGCAGACUGGAGGCAGAGGGUCGACUACGUCAGCGAAGUGGGCAGACCGAACGUGCUUCAGAAGUCUAAUGUGGAUGUUGAGGACUCUGGAUGGGCUCGCAUUAUGGGCUUCGUGCCAGGUAUUAUUUACGUGAAGAUUCGAGGAUAUGAAUUGCUUGUUCGCAGCUUGUAA